AUGUCCAAGACUGCGAAUUAUCGCCCCACGGCCAGCAAGGAGGAAAACCAAUUUCGCGAGGCCCUCAAGCUGUACGACUCUAAGCAGUACAAGAAGUCUUUGAAGGUGAUUGAUGGCGUUCUGAAGAAGAACCCGCAUCACGCGGAGAGUCUCGCUCUGAAAGGACUUGCCCUGUACUACUCGGAUACGGACAAGGCAUCUGCAGAAUCGUACAUCUCCAGGGCCUUGGACAAGGACAGUACAAACAACGUGGUGAACCACAUUGCGGGUAUUUACUACAGGGCGGUUAAAAACUAUAAAGAGGCCGCUAAAUGGUACCAGGCUGCGAUGGACCACGGCUCCACAAACAAAAGCAUUUUGCGUGAUCUCAGCUCCAUGCAGAGCCAGAUACGAGACUUCAAGAAUUUGCCGAAAUCCAGACUUGGCUACCUCGAGGAUCAGCCUGGCUACCGAGCUAACUGGACGGCGUCUGCCGUUGCACAUCAGCUGCACGGCGAUCUGGCAAAUGCCGAAAAAGUGCUUGGCCGUAUUGAAGAAUUAAUUAGCGACAAAUUGCAGGAAAGCGAUUACUUCGAGCACUCGGAGUGUCUGCUUUAUAGAAACGACGUUAUUGCCCAGAUGGGUGACUACGAAGCCGCCUUGAAGGACUUGGACCGGAUCGAAGCCACAAAUAUGGUCCUUGACGGUCUGUCGUUGUUAGAGAAAAGGGCGGACUACCUCAUGAAAUUAGAUAGGAAAAAGGAGGCAUCGUUGGUGUACCGGAUGCUGCUCAAAAGAAACCCAGACAACGCCAAGUACUACUACCAGUUGGAGGAUGCUCUGGGAGUGCGCAACUCUCCGCGUGUGAGGCUCGCGUUGUAUGAGAAACUGGCCUCAUUCUACCCGAAGUCCGACCCUCCUCAUUUCAUUCCGCUCACUUUCCUGGCAGGCGACGAGUUCAAGCAAAAGGCCAAAAAUUACGUGCUUGGCCAGCUGAAACGUGGUGUUCCCUCGACAUUUGUUAACGUCAAGCCACUGUACAAAAAUAAUUCGCAUGCUGCCACCAUUUAUUCCAUUGUGUCUGAAUUUUUUGAAACGAUCCAAGACCAGCCAUUGACCUACUGCUGGACAGCUUAUUUCCUGGCUCAGCACCACUACCACGUUGGAAGCUACUCAGAGGCUCUAAAGAUGAUUGAGCUGGCGAUCAAUCACACUCCUACACUGGUCGAGUUGUACAUCCUCAAGGCACGUAUUUAUAAAAGGAUGAACGAGCUGGACCAGGCGGCUCUCGUGAUGAACGAAGGACUCAAACUAGACCUUCAGGAUAGAUUUAUCAACACCAAGACCACCAAGUAUUAUUUGCGUGCCGAUAACGUUCACAAAGCUAUUGACACGAUCUCCGUCUUCACGAAGAACGAUGACAGUCCUAACGGCCUGAGAGACUUGCAUUUGAUGCAAUCUAUCUGGUUCAUUGUGGAGAGUGCAGAAAGCUACCUGAGAAAAUAUAGAAAGGCUCUGGGUGAGCAUAACGAUACCGAGGCCAAGACGAACCUGGGUCUUGCCUUCAAAAGAUACAUAAGCUUGACCAAAAUCUUCGAAGACUUUUACGACGACCAGGUCGACUUCCAUCACUAUUGCAUGCGAAAGGGUACUCCAAGAGCGUAUCUGACCAUGAUCAACUGGGCAGACAACUUGUUCGAUCAGCCGAUGUAUAACCGUAUUCUGGAUGGCUUGAGCGAGACUAUCCUGGAAGCAAUACGCCACAAGGAGUUGUUCACGACCGAGCAUGUGCACAAGAAGCUCAAAAAAGAGGAGAUCAGGAAAAGAGAGGAGCUAGUGCAGUAUUCUCAAUCUGUUGCAGAGGAUGAUGACGUGUUUGGCGAAAAAGCGCUCAAGGAAAUCAUCCGGGACGAGAAGCUGGAUAUUCUUGUGAAGCAGCAAGCACUAUUGCACCAGCAGGACGGUAUCUUCACACAGAUUUUCAAUUUCAGAGUCAACUUCCAGCUGAAAAAAUACGUCCUAUGUCUGCAAUCAUUGAACAAACUCCUGGCACUGGAUAAACACAAUCCCUUCAUUGGAUACAUGGUGGACCAGCUGCGCAACCACCUCGCAGAGUCGACACCCGACACGAUCAAAAAAAUCGUGUCUGUGGGUCUGAUGAAGAAUUUUGGUAAGGCCGAUACCGCCUACCUACUGGAGACGUAUUUUAGUGCCAAUGACCUUGAAACGGGACUUGUUCUUGCCCGUAUGAACGAGACUGUGUUCCAGACGCGGCUGUCUGAAAUCAAGGAGAAGUUGGAUCCGUACUCGCGGGGUUUGGUCAGCAUUGUCCAGCUCAGCUAUUGA